GGCGGCGACGGUCUGCGCGGUCGCGUUCGCCCCCUUCUUCGCCGCGUUCCCGCGCGCUUUUCUCGGGUUUCGCGACGGCGAACCGGCCCCGGAUUGACGGCGGCCCUCGCGUUGGAAUGUACCGCGCACGAUGGCUCGGCUUUUGAGCGCGGUGCCAUGUGACAAAAUGGGUAAAGGAGAGCCAGGAAAACCGCGUGGGAAGAUGUCUUCCUAUGCAUACUUCGUGCAGACUUGUCGCGAGGAACACAAGAAGAAACAUCCGGAGGCAUCUGUAAACUUUGCCGAGUUUUCGAAGAAAUGCUCCGAGCGCUGGAAGACGAUGUCUCCAAAGGAGAAGGCGCGUUUUGAGGAAAUGGCUAAGGCUGACAAGGCACGUUUUGACCGGGAGAUGAAAAAUUACGUUCCGCCUAAGGGCAAGAGGAAGACGAAGGACCCUAAUGCACCCAAGAGGCCCCCAUCUGCAUUUUUUGUGUUCUGCUCGGAGCACCGGCCCAAGGUGAAGGCAGAUCACCCCGGCCUGGGCAUCGGUGAGAUUGCCAAACGGCUGGGAGAGAUGUGGGGACUCCUCACGCCCGAGACUAAAUCUCCGUAUGAGAAGAAGGCUGCCAAGCUGAAGGAGAAGUAUGAGAAGGACGUGGCGGCGUACCGCGGGAAGGGCAAGGCUGCACCCUCCAAGGCUGCACCCGAGGAAGAUGAUGAUGAGGAAGAUGAGGAGGAGGAAGAUGAUGACGAUGAGGAUGAUGACGAGUAGGCUGACAGCAGCAAAAGGAGUAAAACAUCCUCGGUGUAGGGAUGUAUAAAGGCUUCGCUGGCAGGCGCUUACAUUGAUAGUUUUUUUUAAGGAGGUUUGGAGGGAAUUUAUUCAGUUUGGGGGGAUGGGGGGGUCCGUUAUCCCACAACGUAAAAAUAAAAUGUGAAGUCUAUUACAUUUGCCCGUGGCAGAAUCCCAGCUUUGACAUAAUUGAUGUAAUAGUUCAAGGGCUUUGGUGUUGGUUAAUGGGCACUACUGUGCUGCAUUUGAGAGCAUUAAACUGUUGGAUAUUUGGAGCAAAAUAGGAAACUCAGUUUGGUUUGAUAGGACAGGGAUGUUUAUUGAAUUAACAAAUACUUCUUAAACCUCCUUUAUAAUUGUGUAAAUUCAAUGUCUGUACAGUCAACUCAAGGCCCGCUCCAUAUUUCUUCAAAUAGAUUUGGUGUUGGUUUAAUUGAACUAAGAUGUAACCUCACGACCUUGUUGACCAAGAACUACAGAUGAAUGACAACUGAAAUGUAGUAAUGAAAUACUUGUGCGAGUGUAUCUUAUAACACUUUAUUUGCAUUUGGUUAAGAAUUGGUGAUGCAUUACUUUCGAGUGGGACACUUAAUGUCAAGUUGAUGUAGGAUAACUCUGAAAUUACUUUCAUAUUGGCCAAUUAUGAUAACGUUUUGCCCAUUUGAAAGAAGAGUACUGCUUGGUUGAAAGGAAAAUUUAAUAUUUGUAUGUGGCAGAGUGUAGACUUGGUUAGAUUGAGACCUGCUUUUGAUUUUUUUUUACCUAGGUUUGAGACUACAAAAGCAUAAUCUGUAUUGAGAAAUUGCCACUUUGAAAAAGAGAAAAAAAAUUACCUUCCCACUAUGUACAGUCUGCUUUUGUUACUUUGUGGCUUGUAAUACAUUUUUUUAGCCUGGGGUUUUUGUCUGCUUUGAAUAUUAACCUUGUAGGGUGAAUUUGUUUCACAUAUAUUCUGAUGAAAGUUGUCCAUUUAUCUUGUCUGUUGGACUUGGUAAAAUUCUGUAACUUUUAAGCAACAAUAAAAUGGUCUUUUUUUACAA